AUGGAGGAGCUCGAGAGGCAGAGGGAUCUCAAGGAGACGUACAAGGCCCGGUUGGAGAGCACGCAGGAGUACCUCAGGUUCUGCCUCGAGGUCGCCCAGGAGCACGGCUUCCUGCACCUCAUAACCGACGGCGCGCCGCCGCCGCCGCAGGAGUCGCCGCACGGCGACGCCGAAGCCGAGCCGGCGACGACGGUCGACUCCAACGACUCGGACGAAGACGACCCAGCGGAGGCGCCGCCCUGCGACGAUCCGUACCUGGCCGCCACGCGCGACCUAGCGGUGCAGCACGGCUGGUCCGUCGUGCUGGACGAGAUCGAGCUGCACGAGGUGAUAGGCCGGGGCACGACGGCGGACAUCCACUGGGCGACAUGGCGGGGGCUGGACGUGGCGGUGAAGUGGGUGCGGCCGGAGUUCUUCCGCUCCAACCCCGGCGGCGAGGCCUUCUUCGCGCAGGAGGCCGACGUGCUGUCGCGCCAGCGGCACCCGCACGUGCUGCGCCUGGUGGGCGCGUGCCUGCGCCCGCCCGACAGCUGCUUCCUGGUGACCGAGCUGCUGAGCGGGGCCACGCUGGGGGAGUGGCUGCACGGGGGACGGGAGCGCCGCCCGCGGGAGUCGUCGCCGCCUCCGCCGCCGCUGGUGGACAGGGUGAGCAGGGCGCUGGAGAUCGCGCUGGCCAUGCGGCACCUCCACGCGCAGACGCCCAGGGUCGUGCACCGCGACCUCAAGCCCAGCAACGUGCUCCUGGAUGCUGACCUGCGCGCGCGGGUCACCGACUUCGGCCACGCCAGGUUCUUGCCGGACGGGAAGGAGGCGCUCACCGGAGAGACAGAUACGACGAGAUCACAGUGCAUAAACGUGCAUCUGCGCAGCCCGAGGACCUAUGUGUACAUGGCUCCGGAAGUGAUUCGCUGUGAACCGUACACGGAGAAAUGCGACGUCUACAGCUUCGGCAUCAUGCUGAAUGAGCUGAUGACUGCAGAGCAUCCAUACAUUGAAACAAACUAUGGACCUAGCAAGAUUGCGCUGAAUGUUGCAAAUGGAACAUUAAGGCCCAAACUCCCAGAACGAGAUGUAUAUCCUACUGGCCUGACUGAUCUCAUCUGCCGAACGUGGGAUGCAGAACCUUCAAGCAGGCCUUCAUUUGCCACUAUAACUCUGGCACUUCGAGAAAUCAAACAGCAAAUCGUGCAGCACACAGAAUAUAAAAAGCAUUCGAAUUAUGCAUAG